AUGGAUGGGGGUAACCAGACUCAUGAGCAGCAGAAGGUCCUGUUUUGGCUGUUCCUGUCCAUUUACCUGGUCACAGUGGUGGGCAAUGUGCUCAUCAUCCUGGCCAUUGGCUCUGAUUCCUGCCUUCACACUCCCAUGUACUUCUUCCUGGCCAACCUCUCCUUCACUGACCUCUUCUUCAUUACCAACACAAUGUCCAGGAUGCUGGUGAACCUUCAGGCCCAGAACAAAGCCAUCUCAUAUGCAGGGUGCCUGAUGCAGCUCUAUUUUCUGGUCUUCUUGGUGGCCCUAGACAACCUCAUCCUGGCCGCCAUGACAUAUGACCAUUUUGUGACUAUCUGCCACCCCCUCCUUUAUUCCAUGGCUAUGAGCCCUGGGCUCUAUGUCUUGCUCUUGGCCUUGGGUGAUUGGGUCUUCUCUGUCCUCUACAGCAUCAUCCAUACUUUCCUCAUGAACCGUGUGACCUUCUGUGGGUCCUCAAAAAUCCACUCCAUCUUCUGGGAGAUGUACAUCCUGAUGAGGCUCACAUGUUCCAACACCCAGACCAACCACCUAGUGCUUACGCCCAUGGGCUGCUUUAUCUUCCUCACCCCCAUUGGGUUCAUGGUCAUAUCCUAUGUCCUGAUUGUCAGAGCCUCCCCCUACAUACAUUCUGCCACUGGGAAGUACAAAGCCUUCUCCACUUGUGUCUCCCAUAUGGCUGUGGUCUCUCUCUUCUUUGGGAUCCUUGGCAUGGUGUAUCUGCAGCCCCUCCACACCUACUCCAUGAGGGACUCUGUGGCCACAGUGAUGUAUGCUGUGGUGACCCCCAUGAUGAACCCUUUCAUCUAUAGCCUGAGGAACAAGGACAUGCAUGGGGCCCUGGGAAGGCUCCUCCUAGGGAAAGUCUUCAAAGGAUGA